AUGUUGACUGUCGAAAUGGUAGAGGAAAGGAAAGGACAAGUUGCCAAGAAGGGCGCUAAGAAAGUGGUGAAGAGGGCGCCAGCGAAAAGCGGCAAGAAGAGGAGAAGGUCCAGGAAAGAAAGUUACUCUAUCUACAUCUACAAAGUGAUGAAGCAGGUUCACCCCGACACCGGCAUUUCCUCCAAGGCCAUGAGCAUCAUGAACUCAUUCGUCAACGAUAUUUUCGAGCGCAUCGCGGGGGAGGCUUCCCGCCUGGCCCAUUACAACAAGCGCAGCACCAUCAGUUCCCGGGAGAUCCAGACCGCCGUGCGGCUGCUGCUGCCCGGGGAGCUGGCCAAGCACGCCGUGUCGGAGGGUACAAAGGCGGUGACCAAGUACACCAGCUCCAAGUGAGACACCACAGUGUGCUGAAAAGCACACAACCAAAACCCAACGGCUCUUUUAAGAGCCACCCACAGCUUCCCUGAAACAGCUGAACUAUUAUGUUAAUGUCUGUACGACAUCUGUAUUUUAUAAAUCUUCUGUAAAUUAACAAGUGAUCCCUGACCCUGUGCGCGCUUGUUCUCGGAGGUGUGCAUACACAUCUGUAAUCGCUGCCUGUGGACAGGGAUCAUGUUAAACACCAGUGAGCUAUUUUGAACAAUUUCUGUAUGAUCGUGUUACCCUC